ACCCUUUCUUUUCCUCUAUACUUGUCGUUUUUGUACCCCACCCUUCAUUUUCUCUCUCCCUCUCCCUCUAUCUCUGUCGCAUCAAGCCUUAGAAUUAUAUCGGAUCUGGGUAUCUUCUCUGAAUUCACUUGCACACAGUGUUAAGCUGGAGUUUUGGUCUCUCUCAGAGACCGACGGAUUUUAAUGCUUUAGCCUUUUGAUUUGAAUUGAUCCCUGAUUAUCGACUAGAAAAGAAGCAAAGCUGGAGCAAUUGAAGACAAUCGGUAGGGAGCUCGCCAUGGGCUCCCAGGGCGGGUUCGGGCAAUCCAAGGAGUUCCUUGAUCUGGUCAAGUCCAUUGGUGAAGCUCGAUCCAAGGCUGAGGAAGAUCGAAUCGUCCUCAAUGAGAUCGAAACCCUCAAGCGUCGUAUAAUUGAACCUGACAUUCCCAAGCGCAAGAUGAAGGAAUACAUCAUUCGCCUUGUUUAUGUGGAGAUGUUGGGCCACGAUGCCUCUUUUGGUUACAUCCACGCCGUUAAGAUGACUCACGACGACAGUAUCCUCCUUAAACGAACUGGGUAUUUAGCUGUGACCCUUUUUCUGAAUGAAGAUCACGAUUUAAUCAUCCUCAUUGUCAAUACCAUUCAGAAGGACCUCAAGUCAGACAAUUAUUUAGUUGUCUGCGCUGCCCUUAAUGCCGUCUGUAAGCUGAUUAAUGAAGAGACGAUUCCGGCCGUACUGCCUCAGGUGAUUGAGCUUUUGGGUCAUUCCAAGGAGGCCGUUCGGAAGAAGGCUAUCAUGGCUCUUCAUCGCUUCUAUCAGAAGUCAGCUUCUUCGGUGUCUCACUUGGCCUCCAAUUUCCGCAAGAGAUUGUGUGAUAAUGAUCCUGGUGUAAUGGGUGCCACGUUAUGCCCUCUAUUUGACCUCAUCACGAAUGAUGUCAAUUCUUACAAAGAUCUCGUCAUCAGCUUUGUGAGCAUUCUCAAACAGGUAGCAGAACGCAGAUUGCCAAAGAGCUAUGACUAUCAUCAGAUGCCCGCUCCAUUCAUUCAGAUUAAAUUGCUGAAAAUCUUGGCAUUGUUAGGGAGCGGUGACAAGCAAGCAAGUGAAAACAUGUAUACUGUUAUUAGUGAUAUAAUCAGGAAGGGCGAUUCAUCAAGUAAUAUAGGGAACGCCAUUCUAUAUGAGUGCAUAUGCUGUGCCGCUUCUAUAUAUCCCAAUCCUAAGCUAAUAGAAGCUGCUGCAGAUGUGGUUGCCAAAUUUUUAAAGAGUGACACUCAUAAUCUCAAGUACAUGGGCAUUGAUGCCCUUGGUCGGCUAAUAAAGUUAAGCCCGCAAAUUGCAGAACAACACCAACUGGCCGUGAUUGACUGCUUAGAGGACCCUGAUGAUACUUUGAAACGGAAAACAUUCAAAUUGCUAUACAAGAUGACCAAGUCCUCUAAUGUGGAAGUGAUUGUUGACCGUAUGAUUGAAUACAUGAUUAGUAUUAGUGAUGAUCAUUAUAAAACCUACAUAGCAUCUCGGUGUGUGGAACUUGCUGAGCAAUUUGCACCCAGCAAUCAUUGGUUUAUACAGACUAUGAAUAAAGUUUUUGAGCAUGCUGGAGAUCUUGUGAAUGUCAAGGUAGCACAUAAUUUGAUGCGGUUGAUUGCAGAAGGAUUUGGAGAGGAUGAUGAUGCUGCAGAUAGUCAGUUGAGAUCAUCUGCGGUGGAGUCAUAUUUGCGUAUUAUCGGAGAGCCAAAGCUGCCAUCUGUGUUUCUUCAAGUCAUUUGUUGGGUUCUUGGGGAAUACGGCACAGCUGAUGGAAAGCAUGGCGCGUCCUAUAUCACUGGAAAGUUAUGUGAUGUGGCAGAGGCAUAUUCUGAUGACGUAACUGUCAAGGCAUAUGCAAUUUCAGCCUUGAUGAAACUUUAUGCAUUUGAAAUAGCAGCUGGAAGGAAAGUGGAUUUGCUACCUGAGUGUCAAACGUUGAUUGAAGAAAUGUUAGCAUCCCAUUCUACAGAUUUGCAGCAGCGAGCCUAUGAAUUGCAAGCUCUUAUUGGGUUGGACAGACAAGCUGUUGAGGCUAUAAUGCCUCAAGAUGCAAGUUGUGAAGAUAUUGAGGUUGAUAAGAACCUUUCAUUCCUCAAUGAUUACGUCCAACAGUCCAUAGAAAGGGGUGCUCAGCCUUACAUUCCUGAGGAUGUGCGUGCUGGAAUGGGUGAUAUGAGCAACUUCGGAGGCCAAGAUAAGCAUGAACCUUCACAUCAUGGACUGAGAUUUGAGGCAUAUGAACUUCCAAAGGCUCCACCACCCUCGAAAGCUGCUUCAGUUUCAACAGCAUCCUCAACAGACCUAGUUCCAGUACCCGAGGCAUUGUACUCUAGGGAGUCCCACCAGAUCUCAUCAGCAGCAUCAGCAUCAGAAGCAGGAUCAUCAGGACUUAAGCUUCGGCUUGAUGGCGUUCAAAGGAAGUGGGGCAGGGCAACAUAUUCAUCUCCAACUGCAUCUAAUACUUCAGAAUCUUCCCAAAAACCAGUGAAUGGGGUGACCCCAGUGAAUGGUGCAAGUGCAGUAAAUUCAAAAGUACGGGAUAGUUAUGAUUCAAGGAAGGCACCAGUUGAAAUUCCUCCAGAAAAGCAGAGACUUGCUGGUUUAUUGUUUGGUGGUUCGAGUAAGCCUGAGAGAAAAUUAUCAGGUGGCCAUAAGGCUCCAAAGGCAAAUGCCAGUGCAGCAGACAGAUCUCAGGAAUCAAAGGUUGCAGUUGCAUCCAAUGAAGCACCUGGAGAGAAAACUAAUCAUAAACCUCCUCCAGAUUUGCUUGACUUGGGGGAACCAACUGUUACAACUGCUCCUCCUUCUGUGGUAGACCCAUUCAAGCAGCUGGAAGGACUUCUUGACCCAGGCCCUGGUUCGACAGUAGAUCAUAGUGAAGGCGCGACUGCAAAAGUUCCUGAUAUUAUGGCGCUUUACGGAGGGACAACCACUGAUGAGCAGAGCGCAAGUGGUGGCUAUUCUAUCCCUGUGAGUGGAGAGGAAAAUCUUUUAUCUGGCUUGUCAAAUGCAGCUUCUAAAGGUGUUGCUGGAGAAACAACUGUGACAUCUUCAUCUCAAUCUGUGAAGGGUCCAAACCCUAAAGAUUCGUUGGAGAAAGAUGCGCUAGUUAGGCAUUUGGGUGUGAACCCAUCAAGUCAAAACCCAAACCUGUUCAAAGACUUGCUUGGCUAAUCUUGUUAUAUAGACAAAUUAUAUGUUGUGAUGAUUGAGGAUAGAUUGCCUUGUGACGUGCAGCCAUCUGAGUUUCGUAAAGCCAUUGGGGUGCAACAACUAUCAUUGUAAAUUACGAUCAGGCAUGGAUAAUAUCGGGCACCCAGAACAGGGUGAUUCUUGUCCAGGAAUAAUACCAGGAUCAGGUAGUCCUGUCACACUGCAGAAUAACUUCUGUGGCAAUCAAAUUAAAUGAGAUUCUCCUCCUUGCUGCCCGGUUCUAGUCCAGUUUGAACUUAUAAUGCUACUUUUGUGCACGGUCAUUGCAUUUGAGUUUCUUAGGAGAUGCCCACUUCAUCUUUGUUGUUACGCCACUGCUGUAUCUUUCCCCCCAAUUUUUGUGCAUUUCGCUUUGUUGAUAUAUAUUACUUAUUUGAACAUUGAGAUACUUGACAAUGCGGCAAAUAUGAGUUUGAUGUAUGACUUUUGUGUUCAUGAAAAUCUUAUGGCUUAUUUGAUA